AGUCUUCACUUGGAGCACGAUCUUUCACGAGCUUAAGAACAUGGGUGCGGACAAGUUGCCCGAAAUUCGCAAUCUUGGUGAAGUGGUUGAACCCUACUUUUCUGGGGCCCGCCUCCUUAACUACCAGACAAGCAGUCUGACAAAACCGGGGGAUAACUACGGAAGCGUUCUCCUGGCAAUUCAUGCCCAGCUGCAGAAAUCCAAUGGCGAGGAGUUUGAGGAGCAGCUGGUGGCUAAAGUGCCUCCGACCGACCCACAGUACUGGCAGUUUUUUCAGCCUGAGCGAACUUGCCUCGCAGAGAACGCCUUUUACAAGAUUUUGGCCCCUGCCCUGGCCGUCCUUCAAGAUGAAGCCGGCGUUCCUUCCGAGAGCCAAUUUAAAGGAUUCCCCCGCUUCUAUGGCUGUCGCGAAUCCCUCGAAUCCAACUCCUCAAAGGUAGACCAAAAUGCCGUGUUAGUGCUGGAGAAUUUGCGCAGCAGUGGCUACGUCUCCAGCCAGAGGCUAAAAGCCUUCGAUCUGGCCCAUACGCUGCUAGCCCUUAAAUAUAUGGCCGAGUUCCACGCCCUUCCUCUGGCUCUGCGAAUUCUCAGACCAGAGAUGUUCCGGGAACAGGUGCAGCCCUUUUUCAAAAAGUUCGAUUGGCAUGCUGAAGCACCCGAGUGGAAGUCCGUAAUGAAGGCAGAGACUUUGGAGGACAUCCGUCGAGCCACCAACAACGAUUCCAGACUAGUAGCCCGUAUGAAAGAGUUGUCUGACCAAUUUUUUGAAUUCUUAGCUGCCGCCCCAGAUAGACCCGAUGGGCCAUUUACCAGCAUUAUACACUGUGAUUUCUGGAUAAAUAAUAUGAUGUUUCGUUAUGGGCCCUCGGGAACACCCAUCGAACUGAAAAUUAUUGACUUUCAGACGGCACAGUACGAUUCAGUGGUGCAUGACAUAAUCUCGUUUUUGCUAUCAAGCGUUGAUACGGCUAUCUUGGAGGUAGAGUUUGAACACAUGUUGGAGGCCUACUAUGAGGCCUUUGUGUGUUGUCUGCGCCGUGUAGGAGCAUAUUUGGGGGUACACACUUUCAAAGCGUUCCGACUGGAAGUGAAGCGGGUGGCGUAUAUUCAAGUUCCCCACGCCAUCUUUAUGACGCGCUUUAUAUUGGCGGACAGCGGGCUGAGCGGCGAUGCAGAGGCUGAGGUAUGCCCCAAGCUUGGGGACGUGCUGAAGAAUACGGGAUCUGAGCGUAUUAGCCGCAAAUUAAGCCAAAUUCUGAACUUGGCCCAAAAGUUUGACAUAUUGUACUAGGGCAAUAAAUUGACCCGCAAAUGGGAAUGGAAAUUUCUGGUUUUGGAAAUUGAACGUGGGUAGUACGAGUAGUCAGAUUUGGGAAUCAUGCGCGCGACCUGGGGAACGAUAGUAAGCAUCUCGACUUGGGUGGUCCUGCUGAAGCUCAGUGAGAUCAGGAGCAAGGAGAGCUGUUAUUAUGUGAUCUUCACCUAUGCGAACUGGACGGAUGCCCGACCUCGGUUUAUUGUCAACAUGACCUUCUCGAAUCAGACUGGCAUCGGCUCAGUAACCACCAUUAACGAGGAGAUUGCCUCACCGGUGUCUCGCCUCCUUAUCCUUCAGCACUUCGGCCGGCAAAAGCCUCGCACCAUAUACAACGCUUCCACCAAGCUGUGCGACCUGCAGAAUGUCUUCAAUUCAGUACCGCUUUUUAAGCCAGCCAAGGACAACAUGCUUAAGCAAAGUAACUACACCAUGAGCUGUCCUCUGGUCAAAGGCACAUACGCCAUAAACAACAUGCGCGUCAACCCUAAGAACCCACUUCUCAGCCUUCUCUACCAACCGAAGCACACUUUCUCCGUGAGUGGCGGCUUGUUCGAGGAACUUUCAGGUGGCCGCAGACUAAGGGCGCUGUCCACCUAUUUCAUGACUGGAAAGGUUGUGAAAAAGUUCUGUGGAUCCAAUGAAUAAAGAGCAAACGACAUAAAUCGGCACA